AUGGCAAAAUUAUCAUAGUUAGACUCUCCCUAUGCAAAAGCAUUUUAUCUUAUUCAAGAAUUUUAGACAUACUAAUAUAUUACUGAAAGUGAAAAAUUUCAUAUUAAAGGUAAAAUUAUUUAUAAAUUAUAGACUUAAUAAUUAAAAAUGAUCCUUCAGUUUACAACUUAUUGUUAUCAAAAAAUGAUUAUGAUUUUAAAGAAAAUCUAUUAAAAUUAAUAAAAAAAAUUAGAUUAUAAAUAGACUAAUAAUCUGAAGUUGAUGAAGUAUCAACUAGCAAAAGUCUUAAACUAUUUUUAAGACUAAAAUUAAAGUUGAAUUUGAAAAAUAGUAAUUUCAAUUUAGCAAUGAAUAAAGGAUGA